CAAUUUAGAGACUGGGCAACUUGAGUCCAUCCCGGAUAGCUGGAUGGAUACUCACCAUAAAUCAGGCACAGGGUGGGUGACAGAGACAGCAAAAAAUACUUGGGAGGAAUUGCGUGCAUACCGCGACACACAGCAGACACAGGCAACUGAUACUGAGAGUUCCACACCAGUUUCGAGUGCGCCUGAAGAUGAAGACAUAUCUUUGGUACAAAAUGUCUUCGGAAAACGACGGGGCCACCAGAAAGGAUAUGGACGUAUCCUUAACAUAAGGGACCGAACUCCAUUUGAUUUUCGUCCUUCACAAACUAGAGAUGAAGAGUUGUCUGAGAUGAGAGAGCGUCUUCGACAGUUAGAGGAGCAUGUCCGGACUCAUUGUAUCACCCCGGGAUCUCAAUCUGCCCCACCACCACCACCCGAUGAUCCUGAUGUUGGAGCACCGACUCAGUAGGACUUAUGUAUGAAUUUUAUUACAAUUGACUAUUACAUUAUCAUGUUUAAGACAAGUCUUUAUUUUAAUUCAACGAAUACACUCUUAUGUUUUUUUUUAUAUCUUUAAUAUAAGUGUUUUAAUUUUA